UAGAUGCUUACAAAGUCUGUUUUGCUUUGGUGAUAGGAUUCGAUUUAUUUUGCUUCAUUGAUAUUGGGCAGGAAUUAAUGAACUCAACUCCUCUCGCAAAGGAAAAGCAUGCUUAUGUUUUGUUUGUGAUUAACAAAAAUGAAAAGUCGAAAAGUAAAAUCUGCAGCAAAAGCUAAAUCAUUUUUGUCAAAGAAGAAACUCAGAGGUAACAUUCCAAUUGAUGUGAGAAGUGACAGUGAAGCAGAUGCAGAUUCUGAUAUUUACAAUGAUGAAAUCGAUGAAUUUCAUCAAAGAGAAGACGAAAAGCUUUCAACAGAUGAUGAGUUGAUUGAUAAUGAUGAAGAUAGUUCCGAAGAAGAAGAAGUACUUCCUAUUACUGAUGAUGAGAAAGAUAAUGAAUGGGAUAAUCAUGAUGAAGAGCAAGAUGAGAAAAGUGACUCAGAACAGAAAGAGGAUGAAGAUUUGCCUAAUCCUGAAGCAUGGGGUAGAAAAAAUCUGUUUAUUUUAAUGCGGAUUUUGUUGAUGAAGAUAGAGGACGAACUUAUCGAGAAGAAGAUGCUGAAGCUGCUAAGGCAGAGGCUGAAGAAGCUCUUGCCAUUCAAAAAAGUGUCUUGAGCAGUAUAACUACUAAUAAUUUAGGAGGAAACUUACAAUUUGUUGACCUUUCAGAAGAAGAAGAAGUAGUAGAGGAGGAAGUAAACUGGCAGUUUGUAACAAAGCAAGAGAAAAUGAUGUUUUUAAAGAAAACAUGCCCAGAAUUUUUGACUUUCAUUAGAGACUUUAAAGAGAAGUUAACUGAAGUCAAAGAUAAAUUAAUACCUUUAAUGCGUCUGGUGAUAAAUGAGAAAAUUCCAUCUCAAGAUUUAGCACUGUAUAUCAAAGUGAAGUAUCAUCUCUUGAUGCACAUAUGCAUGAACAUAAGUGCAUACAUGAUGAUGAAAAGCAAAGAUUCUAUUGUUUCAAGUCAUCCUGUACUUCAAAGAAUAACAGUGUA